AUGGCAAAGUACCUGGCACAGAUCGUUGUGAUGGGUGUGCAGGUAAUAGGACGCGCAUUUGCCCGUGCCUUACAACAAGAAUUUGCUGCCAGUCAAGCAGCUGCACGCGCCCGGAGCACGUCAGGACAGGAGUCGGCAGCAGCCUCUAGUAUCACAGGGAUGUCUCUACAAGAAGCACAGCAGAUCCUCAACCUCUCCACAAUGACGCCUGAGGAGAUCCAGAAGAAUUAUGAACAUCUUUUUAAAGUUAAUGACAAGUCUGUCGGCGGAUCUUUUUACCUUCAAUCUAAAGUGGUGCGAGCCAAAGAGCGACUAGAUGAAGAGUUAAGGAUACACUCGGAUCAAACGCAGAAGUCUCAAAAGAACUCAGAAUCAUGA